UUGCGAGCCGUUUAUUUUUCUGAUCUUCCUUGCCUUCCAGGUGGUUGUUUCAGCGGCCAGCGGGUCCGGGCCGUGAUCGGCGGCUGGGCCUGGGCCUGGGCUUGCCUCAACCAUGUGCAAACCCUUUCCCUCGAAGUCAUGACCCUCAAUCCUACAUGCAGGCAUGUGGAAACUACUGAGGGUGUGCCACUCACGGUGACAGGUGUCGCCCAAGUGAAAGUACUGGCUGAUCCGGAAUUUCUAACCAGAGCAUGCGAACAGUUCCUCGAAUUGAGCAUCGAUCGCAUCAAAAACACCAUCCUUCAGACUUUAGAGGGUCAUUUGAGGGCUAUCCUCGGUACUCUAACGGUUGAAGCUGUCUACAAGGACAGGGAUCAAUUUGCCACACUAGUGCGCGAGGUCGCUGCGCCCGAUGUGGGCCGAAUGGGCAUAGAAAUUCUUAGCUUCACCAUAAAGGACGUCUUCGAUGACGUCUCCUAUCUGGACUCCCUUGGCCGUCCGCAGGUCAGCCUCGUCAAACGAGAUGCCGAAAUUGGGGUGGCUGAAGCCGAGAGGGACGCUGGAAUUAGGGUCAGUCUUUUUUUUGCUUUCCGCUGA